AUGUCGACGUCCAAGGGCGACAAGAAGGGCGCUCUGCCAACAACCACAACACAUGCCGACAUGCAGACCGGUGAUCUCCUUGGCCUCGACGGUCCCUCUGGCAGCUCCUCCACAAUCCCCCUCGUCCCCCAACAGGACUUUACCCCGACAACCUCCCAAGCCGGUGACGACGAUGAACUGCCUCCAUCCUACGAUGCCGAGGGCACCAGUCUCCUUCCCCACCCGUCACACAGUGUCCCUAAUGGCGCUACAAAUGCCGUCCCUCUCGAGCCCCCUCCGGACUUUACUCCCUACGUCGCAGAGCACUACGAAAACCCGACAACCGGUUCUGUAACAUCAUAUGACGUCCAUCUGAACGAAGAUGGCGAGGCUUUAUACCGGUUCCUUCUCACCCAGAACAUGCAUUCUCCGCGUCCUCAAGUCCGAAUGCGAGGCACACACGUCGAAAAGCACCACCACCAUCGUGGCUCUACCAACGACCAGAGAAGCAGCACAGAGCAUAAGACAAUCGUGGAUUUUGAUAUCACUAUGGAUUUCCAGUCCCUUAUUCUCAUCGAACCAGGUCAACAAGGGAUAAUCCAGGUUGUAGACGAAGACACAAGCGCACACCGUGGAGGGCCAUUCAGAACAAAAGGAAGGAAUACACGCUCGCUGCCAGACGAUACACCGAUCAUGCCAAAGGAUAUCAGAAGUUGGGCCGACGACUAUUGCAAUGAUCCUUCAAUCUGCAAAGAAUUCGUAAUGGAGAAAAUCUGUCCAGGUUACGAUACCAAAUACCUCGCAACCAGACUACACCAAUUGAUCCAAUCCACAAACUACGCCGGCGACAUCCAAAUUACCUUCCCAACAACCCACAAUAAGGUCAAAAUCAGGCCAGCCAAUAAGUUAACCGAACUUCGAUACAACAAGGCCGUCCGAUGGUUCUGUUAUCUCACAUUUCUUUGGAUCAUCACCUGGCCUAUUCUAUUCUUCAUGACCAAAAACUACAAUGUUGUCCGAUCCGUCUGGCCGAUGUCUGCCGUUGAUGUUAGCGGUCGUCGCCGUGUUAAGAUGACGGAAGACCAAUGGUUCGAAUACUGGAGACUUGCGAUUCGCAGGGCGGUGCUCGGCCGUCGACAGGGUAAAGUCACAGAACAAGAUCUCAUCGAGUUGGCACAGGAAGCAGGGAUGCCGAGGAUGCCAUUCAGAACUGGAAACCAAUUUAUGGAUAACAUGCUGGGAGGUGCUGUUGAUUUUUUCGGCGCCGUCGGUGAUCAAAGAAGAGCAUUUGGCUGGGGCAGGACCGACACAAAUCAAUGGCACUUCAGAUGGGGACAAAGCGACAACCAUUGGGAUUAG